AUGAUGAUGGGUGAUCAAUUUCGUAAUAAGGUUGAGCAAUACUCACCAAAAUCAUCACCAAGAGGUGCACGCUCACCAGUUGUGUCGAGACAAGAUUCAACUGGUACAUUAAAAACAACAAUAUCUCUUGGUAAAAAUCCAUCAAUUGUACAUUCUGGACCAUUUUAUUUGAUGAAAGAACCACCUGGUGAAAGUGAAUUGACGGGAGCGACCAACUUGAUGGCCUACUAUGGUCUUGAACAUUCAUAUAGUAAAUUCAGUGGUAAAAAAUUAAAAGAAGCAAUUGGUAAUUUUUUACCAAGUCUUUGUGACAAAAAUGAAAAUCUUGCUCAUCAAGAAAACAGUUCUUUGAGAUCUGUUAUUGAUAAACCACCAAUUGGAGGAAAAGAAUUAUUGCCAUUAACUGGAAUGCAACUUUCAGGUUUUCGUUUACAUCCUGUUAAGAUUUGA